AUGGACGCCGAGGUUGUUAGGCGUUCAUUUGCCGUCAAAGAUGAUCAGGGCUGUAUCGACACAAUGACGCUACUCCCCGUCAACACAAGCUACAACUUUCACGAUUAUUGUGUCUGCAACGGCAUGAUCAGGGGCAUCGGAAGAGUCUUUGGCAACUGGAGACGCGUUUGA